AAACGCCGUUAGCUUCAGCUUAUGAAAAUCAGCAACAGCAGCCUGUAGAUGGGACGGACUGUGCUACAGGGAGGCUAAAUUUACUUCCUUUCCGGUAGAUAUCUGCGCCUGAAGUUGGUCUUUUCUCGUCAAGAGACGGAGAUGAACGCGAACUUUUCCCCACGAUGUUUUACAUGCUAGUUCCCAGGUAGGAGAGUGCUUUUGAAGAGGAUUGAGGUGACGAACGGGCCCGCCUCAGACUGUAUUAUCGAUAGCAGCUGGUUAGCUCUAUCUGCGACAGCGGCCUUCUGCCAACUCCGGAGCCGGGACACCAACGUUAGCGACUUUACGGAACAGGCCGACUCUUACAGACAGCUUGCACUGAGUCUGGUAUUGGGGAGGUAGGCUGGUAUCAGGUUGGAUAGCGGGGACGCCGUUUUUUAAACGUCCGAACAUUUCUUUUUAGUCAGUAAAAUGCAACAGGAGUGGAGAGCCAUGAAGAUGACGUGCAAUCGUCACUUUAUCAGUUACCAACUGUGAACUUGUUACAGAGUUUGCCAGCUAAGCUAACCAGCUAGCUUUUGCCAUAUUUCGACACUGUGCUCCUGAGUUUAGACUCAAACCUCGACACACUUUCAUCUUGCUGACGGAGUUAGAGUGGGUCACAUCAUAGUGUUCAAAAUGUCUAAAAUGCCGGCUAAGAAGAAAAGCUGUUUUCAGAUUACAAGUGUGACACAGGCUCAGGUGGCGGCUAGCAGCAUCACUGACGACACUGAGAGUCUGGACGACCCAGACGAAUCAAGGACCGAAGACGUGUCAUCGGAAAUCUUUGACGUGUCCAGGGCCGACUAUGACCCGGAGGUGUGUGAUAUUAGUUCAUCGGAGGAAACUCUGAACAACGUGUCAGAGACAGAGGCAAGUUCUUCUGCCAUGAAGUCUCAUAUACCUCAGGAUGUGCAUAUAGCCUCAGUGUCAGGUCCACCUAACGGGGGUGUUGCCUAUCGAAGCACUGGCGCUGCUCAUGCCAACAAGCAUGUUGUAGGAGGGAAUAUGCCAGCGACUACGUAUGCGGCGUCUACCCCGCAGUCAGCAACAGCGGUUGCCAGUCAGUACAGUACUCCGCAGCCCCCCCCUGCUGCGUCUAGUUCAACAACAACUAGCUGCAGUUCACGUUUCAGGGUCAUUAAACUAGAUCAUGGUACAGGAGAGCCUUUCAAACGGGGCAGAUGGACGUGCACAGAGUUCUAUGACAAAGAUUCGGAAAGUUCUUCUAUCAGUAGGACUGUGGAUAGCAGUAAGCAUGUGGUCACCCUGGAUCACAGUGUUGACAAAGACACAGUUGGUUCAGUGGCAACACACUCAGAGUCUGCAUCAGAGAGUGGCUACGUGUCUGCACCCCAAGGUGAGGCGCAGAGUUAUGGGAUCUCACAUCAGGCUUUUGGAGGGGCUUCUCAAAGCCUCGCUGCCCCUGGACUUAAUGGUGUGCCUCAAGGCCCACCAACCUCCAUGCAUAUGCAGAAGUCACCUGGCAUGCCUCCUUCCACUCAGCCCCAGCAGUUUCCUUACUCCCCCCAGCAGCAGCAGCAGCAGCAUCCCCCCAGCCAUAACCUCCCAUCAGUGAUGCCCCCCACCCAGCUGGACUACAGACAACAGCAGCAGCAUCAGUCGACUGUGGCACCCCAGCCUCCAGGCACCACCUCCACAACGACACACACUCUUCCUGUGGCUUCUCUCCCCAUCGGAGCCCCCCUGAGCCAGGGCCCUUCGCCAGUCAUGACCCCUGCUGGUGUCCCUGUCCAUAUGCUGGGGCUAGUGUCCCAUGUGGGAGAUUCGUCAGGACCUGCUGGAGGGUCUCUUUCCAGUGGACAGACAGCAUCAGCUCAGGGUCUCCCGCUUCAGCAAUCAGUAGGUGGAGCAGGGGCUGCUGGGCUUGUCGGCUUGUUUCAGGGUGGACAUCCGCAGCAGCCAACGCAGCCCAUUGGGCAGGCAGCCCCUACAGCCAUGAUCCCUGGCAUCCUAUCUGGCAACCCCAUUGCCCCCCAAACCAUGCCAAGUCAGGCCCUGGCAGGUGGGGUGCUGAGCCAGAGCCAGCCCCAGACAUCGCGGUCAGGGGUGCCACAGAGUGAGGAGACCCGCAGGAAGUCGGAUGCCCUACCUCAGUCUACUGGCAUGCUGGGAAAAGACACUAGCAAGUCUGUCAUUCCAGAGGGCCUGACGCUAGGAGCACCAGUUGUCAACACUUUGUUUGGGAUUCCCAUUACCAUUGAUGGGGAUGAGGACAGUGCUUCUGGAGCCAGUGUUGUAGCCAUUGAUAAUAAAAUCGAGCAGGCAAUGGAUCUGGUGAAAAGCCAUCUGAUGUAUGCUGUACGUGAGGAGGUGGAGGUCCUUAAGGAGCAGAUUAAAGAGCUAUACGAGAGGAACUCUGUGCUGGAGAGAGAGAACGCUGUGCUAAAGUCUUUGGCCAACAAUGACCAGCUCUCCCAGCUCUCGACCCAGGCCAGCACCCCCCCGGGCAGCACGUCGCCCCCCCAGCAGCAGCAGCAGCAGCAGCCUUAUCAGUCCCAGCAGCAGCAGCCCACCAGUGCCGAACCCGCAGCCCCCCCUCCCCAGCCCCACAACCUCUCCUCCGCCUGAAGUGCUUUCUCUGUGUCUCCCGGCACGGCACGGGAUGUGUAGAAACAUUUUAAGAAUCAAAAAAAGAGCAAACAUCUUUGCAGUUUUUCUUUUUGUCAAGAAAGAAAAAAAAUCAGCCUUGUUUGUUUUUUUUUGUCUAUUUUUGCCACCAACGUCUUUAACUUGUGAAGAGCCAUGCUUCAGUGUGCUGUGUUGUGUGGCCUUCCCAGUAUUAGACAAUCAUCAUGUGAGUGCUUUCCUGUUCUCUGGCCGUGCGCCAAGCAUCCGCAGCAGGGGCUGGCCCUGGGGUGCCGGAGGGGGCGAGGAGGUUGUGCGGAGUACAGAGAAGAGCAGGAGGCUGGAUGGCUGGCUAGAGGCAGUGCUGGGGGGAGAGGCCUGCGGAGGAGCUUGUCCAGCUGCAGCAAGUCCUGUUUAAGGGUGUUUGGUGGUGUUGGUUCUGUGGAAUGAGUUUUGACAGGGAAUUGGACACUUCUGAGGGGGAAUGAAUGCUUAAUUUAGGAAAGCGGGGGUCUUCGGUGCGAUGGUGAGCCUUGUUUUUACCUUUUGGUUUUAAAAGUCCUGUUUUCAUGUUGCAAGAACUGCGCAUUGUCAUUUCCCCCUUCCUUUCUGUCUCCUGAGCUUAUUAUUCAACAUGAAAACGACAGAUAAAGACAACAGUUCAGAUUUUACUGUUUUGCUGUUUUAUUUAUUACUGGGCUGCUAUUUUCAUAAUGUAAAUGAACAAUGCCACAGAAAUAGUUUAGUAGUGGAAAAAUCCUGGCUUAUGAAAUUUCAAAUAGUUACACAUUUGAAUGUUGCAUCACAUGAAUUAGACAAAGUGAAGACAAUAGAAAUCCCUAUGACAACUCAACACUAAUGGCAAUUAUAAAACUGGCAUUGCUAACAAACAGUAGGUAAAGUCUACAAUGAAUGUACAUUUGUAAAGAGUGUAAAGUAUUAAGAGCAUAGCAAGUUUGUACAGGUGAAACACCAGUUCUUAUGAAAUGACAAAUUUUAACAAAUCUAUAGUGAGAUAUUUUGAUGAAGAAAACUUGUUCAUUUGUUCUUUUUUUGAGAAUGGUGAGGUGAUUGCCAUACAUCCCCAGACUAGUUGAGACAUUCAAAAGGCGCAUAGUUUGUUUUGGGAGGUGGGGGCAAAAAGCUGUGAAAUUGUUCAACAACCUGUUUGUAACCAAAGAAGCAAAGCUGUGUAAGUCUAUUUUUUAAUUUUGUAAUGCACACUCUAUGUAUUUUUUUUUUUUUUUUUUUUUUAACUCCACGUCAGUUUUGUUUGGGGGGAUCUGUUUAGCAUGUUCUGCAUGAUGUAUAAUCCAACCACUUUCUUACCUCAUGUUUGUACUCGGCACUCUUAUCGUAACAUAGUCUGUGAACAACUGUCAUCUUGGAAAGAAUGGAGCAAGUGUUGCUGUUUGGAGAGGUGGAGGGGUAUUAUAGAUGGUGUUUUGCUGGAGGAUUUGCUUGGAGUUAUUUAAAAUGCUCUAGUACAAAAAUGAAGUGAGCCGUCAUCUGGUCAAUGUUGAGUGAUGUACUUCAUAUGCAGAAUAAAAGUUUUUUUGGGUGUGGAAUAUUCUAAAGUGUUUGACAAAUGCAAUAAUUUAGAUUAAAAACUAACUGUGUACUUAAAGUACUGACACUCUUAAAACAUAGCAAUUGAAAGCCAAAAUUUGAACACCCACAAAGGAUGAGCAGUUGUGUUAUUUUAAAAAAGCAAUCUCAUUUGAAAGCGCCAGAUCUGUGAGAAGCAUAUGGUAUGUCUUCUGUGUUUUCUAAAUGUUUUCUGUGCCUCUUGUACCGUUGCUUCUGUACGCGACCUGGUUCAUAGUUUGUAGCUCAGUACGAAUCCAUACCAAACACACAUGGGUUACUUGUACAGUCUUGUCUCCUCUGCCAGAUCUUUGUUUCCAUUCUCCACUGGCAUUUUGUGUUUUGUCUGAAGGAAAUUUAGUAAACAAGCAAAUUGUAUUGUAUGAACUUGAUCACUGAGCCUUUGAGAGAUCUUUAAAAAAAAGAAAUGCCCUUGUAAUGUGCUAUUUCUGACAUUUUUUGUUUUCUCCAUCAAAAAUAAAUUACUGUUCUAUUGAGAACAACCCAAUCA